AGGAAAUGAGAAUGUGAGGAAUGUGCUGGAAGGGGCUAGGUGGCAGGGCCCUGGGCUGCAGGUGUAUUAAUAGUUGCUGGACCCUAUGAGCACAAUGCCACAUGCUCGGAGUUCAUGUGAAUCACUGGAAGGCGGCACAAUGUCCACUGGGAGAGAAGGCCACAGAGUUCCUGCUGAACCACUCAACAGCUUAAAAUACAACCAGCCCCUCUCCCUACUGGGCCAGCUGCCGGGGAGGGCUGAAACCCUACUCUCCCCUAGCUGGGGCUCUGAACAAGGCCAGAAACCCUGGUGCACCAACUGGCUACAAGUGGGUGGCAGGACAGCCGCAUGGAGAGGGGCCACACUGAGCAGCCAUCCCCAAGCCACAAGGAGAGGAGCUGCCUGAAGCAGACAGAUGGACAGCGGAGCAACAGAUCCCAAGAAAGCCUCAAAGUGGGGACAAGCAGCAAGAGUGUGACCGCUGAGCCCAGUAGGAAGGAGCAGUCCCAUGAAGGCCAGGCUGGAAGAGUGGGGUAUGCAAUGUCUACUCGCCACAAGGACUCAAGGCACAUGCCCUCUUCACAAAUGUGGGCCCUCCUGCCUGGAAGCAAAGCUAUGGCAGAGAAGCUCACUUUACAGGCCAGCUUGGUGUCACCACCCAGCCUUCCAGGAGGCGAAGGCCACCCUCCAGCCUGGGAAAGCAGGGGCAUCUCCAACACGAGGAAGACUCUGGCAAGCCAGGAGGCUAAAGGAAGCCAAAGAUACCAAUCUGGGAGGAUUCACAACCUUCCACUGUCUCCACCCACGCCAGCAGGCAGGGCUAAGAUCUGGCACGGUGGUAGAGCACUUGUUCAGCACAUAUGUGGAAGGCCCUGGGUUCCGAUGUCUAACAUUAAAAACGAUACUAGUUGGGAUCUUUCGACAGCUCACCUGACAGCUCUAACUUUCACCUAUAUUCCCAGUAAGAGAUUAAGUAAGCACCCAAUCUCAGUAGGACAAAACAGAAUCGUAGUAAAACGGUAGUUAGCCCUUACUAACGCAUUCUUCCUAUGAAUGUGAGCAAUCGGUUACUGUUUUAUGAUAGUUACUUAAAAGUCAGCAAUAACGAAACUAAUAUCAGUUUGAUCGAAAAGAGAAUCCCAAGACUUUGUUUUAAGAGGAAAAGGGACCCAAGACUUAGAGUCAGAAGACUUAAGCUUCCAGAAUGAUCUUGCGCUUUCAGACUUCUUCCCUAGCGGUCACCGGCUGCCGUAACCAACUCCCUCGCCACCCAGGCAUCUAGAGCGAAGAGUGGGUGCGAAGGUCAGAAGAGGCAGCCAGUUGCAGAGCCCCUUCCUGAGCCCCAUGCGCUGACGCCGUGCAAGGAUUGUGCAAGAGACUCGCUCGCACCAAGAACAAGAGCUCCGCACUGCACUUCCGAACACCUGCCACGCAGGCCACCGAGGAUGCUGCAAGGAAGCUGCAAGCAUCUCCUGGUCCUGCAAGACCCUAAGAAAAGGUAGCCCCCAAAACGCCGGGGUAGCAAAAAUACCUUCCUGCACAUGCGCAAUGAGAUUUACCAGCAGGCCCCGGGCACACUGCGCCUGCGCCAUCGGCGAGGAGCCGGGCCGUACUAGAGGGUCCCGAGGCCCUGAAGGAGACUGUGCGGUCUGCGGCAGUCACGGUCCGGGCCCCGCGCCGCUUACCUCGUAGUGCUUCAUGGCUCCUCCACAGGAUGGCGCCGCUCCGCUGCAGCUCAGGUGCCGCCCCGCCGCACGAAACACUGCCCAAGCACACACGCCGGGAGACGCGCUCCACUAACUUCGGCUCCGCCCCUCCCUACGCGCGCGUCCCGCCGCCAAUCAGCGUGGGGUGCACCCACAGCUCUCGCCACACGACUAACCAAUCAGCGUCCGAGACUCAACGCGGGGCGGGGGAGGGAGGGAAAUGCUUUACUCUCCCCUCCCAUCCAGGCAGGCAAGAUUAAAGCAGGGUCACUAACCAAUCAAAAGAGAGCCUCGGCGCAACGCGCCGUCUGGCCCCGCCCCUUGCAGAGCCGCUGUAGAAAUCCAGCGAAGCCAGGUUUAUUUAGGUCAGUGCACCAGAACCGGAGCAAAGCGCUGAGAUUACGCUGAGAGUUGAGAUUACGAGGCGGGCAGCGCUUCGGGGUGAGUUCUAACGUGCAGAGAGGCUGAGACGCCUAAGACAUGAAACCUCUGAUAUUACCACCAGGACCCUUGAAAAGACUCCGUAUACCAUGAGUUGGGGAAGGAAAAGAAAGCCUGCACCGCCUUCUGCAGUGUCUUCGCUGCUCCUUCCUAAGACACCCCCGGUCAGUCGAGCUGACCCUAUAAGCAAAAACCACGUUUGUCUCUGCCUGUGUGAUGGUAUACAGUAUGGUUACUACUGGUCACAUGUAGCUACUGAGCCCUUGAAAUAUACAAACAGAAUGACCAGUGCUGCCAAUCUAAAAUACAUGACAUCAGAGAAUAGUGCAAAGGACUUGCUGCCAAGCCUAAUGAGCUACAUUCAAUCUCAGGGACUCACAAAAUGUAAGGCUGGAACAGAUUCUGGCAACUUAUCGUCUGAUCUCCAACAGGCAUCAUGGUACAUGUGCAAACACACACAGCCACAUUCAUAAAUAAAAUGUAAUUUUUCAUUC